AAAAAUGCCAGCAUCAUUUCAAGCAACUUAUACACCAAUUGCAGCUGCUGGUACACCAGCACAAAUUGAACAUUUAGCACGAUUACUUGGUGCACAAUUAACUGCAGCUGGAUAUGGUAAAGGUUAUGAACUUAUGAAAUCUCAACAACAAGUAAAACCACCAACUGAUGAUGAUAUUGAAGACGAAAAUCCAAUAACAAGUAUUAUGGGUGUCGGACGUGAUGAUUCAUUUCCUUCGUCUUCAACUGAUGUUGACAUUAAACCAACUAUAUCAUCUAUGAGUGGAAAUGAACUUGGUGAUAUUCCAUCAACAUCUGCUGGCAUAACAACAAUGUCAACAAUACCAAGUUUACAACAGAAAAAAAUGAAACCAUUUAAAUUAGCUGAUGCUAUUAAACCAAUCGAAUAUGAUGAAAUGCAACGUAUGUCAACAGAUUCAUUUUAUCGAAUUCUUCAUGCUGAAGAUGUUUGUGAAACUGCUGGUGUUGGACAUGUAAGAAAAAAAACAAUGACGUCAUUAGUAUGUUUAUCCGAACGAAGUUUUCGUGAUAUUUAUGAAGAAUAUAUAUUCGCUGAUGUACGUAAACGUCAUGAUCUUGCAUUUGCAUGGCUUUAUCAAGAAUAUGUUUAUGCAAAUGGAUAUUUGAGUAUAUUAGAUCCAAAUAAAAAAAAAGAUUUUACUAAAUAUGAUGAUACAUUAUGUCGAUUACUUGAAUAUUUACAAGAAAAACCAGAUCAACGUGAUGGUUUAUUUUCUCGUUUAUUAACAAGUGCUCCAUUAAUUACAGAUGGUGCAUUACUUGUACUUAAACGUUAUUGUCAAGAUGAAACACGUUCUUAUCUUGGUAUGAAUACUUUACGCGAUCUUAUAUUUCGUCGAAUGAAUAUGCGUGAAAAGUUUUUGGAUAUUUUACUUGAUUUUACACAUAAUGAAAAUAUAUCUGUUAGAAAUAAUGCAAUACGUAUUGCUAAAAGUUUACAUGAUAAAGAAGAAUUUAAACAACCAAUUGAACGACAUGCUUUACAAUUUUUGAAACAUUUAACAGCAGCACAACCACCAGAAGCACUUUUUGGUGAAGAUAAAAAAGCUUCAACAAUACCUAGUGAUACAUGGACAGAAGAUUCGAUUCGUCUUUGUCUUCCAUUAUAUCUUAGUUUAAUGCCAUCGAAUCAUCAUUUAAUACAACCAUUAGCAACAAUCUAUACAGCAGUUAAUGGUGAUAUUAAACGAGUAAUUCUUCGUGUUUUAGAAAUUCCAGUUCGUGGAAUGGGUAUGAAUAGUCCGGAAUUAUUAAAAUUAGUUGAAAAUUGUCCGAAAGGUGCCGAAACAUUAAUUACACGUAUUAUUCAUAUACUUACUGAACAAGCUCCACCAUCACCUGCUUUGGUCGAAAAAGUCCGAGAUUUAUAUCAUAAACGAGUAUCAGAUGUUCGUUUUCUUAUACCAGUACUUACGGGCUUAGAUAAGAAAGAAAUUAUUAGUGCAUUACCAAAAUUAAUCAAACUAACACAACCAGUAGUGAAAGAAGUUUUUAAUCGACUUUUAGGCCUUAAUACUUCAUCUGAAACAUCACAUGCUAGUCCAAUCUUACCAUUUGAAUUAUUGAUUGCUCUUCAUCAAAUUUCAUCGGAAGAAUGUGAAUUAAAAACUGUUAUGAAUGCUGCAACACUAUGUCUAAAUGAACGUGCAAUAUAUACUCAUGAUGUUCUUGCUAUUGUUAUUCAACAACUUGUUGAUAUUAAUCCAAUACCCGUUUUGUUUAUGCGAACGGUUUUACAAGCACUUAGUUUCUAUCCAAAAAUGGUUGGUUUUGUCAUGAAUAUUUUACAACGACUUAUUACAAAACAAGCAUGGAAACAAGCUCGAAUAUGGGAAGGUUUUAUAAAAUGUUGUCAAAAAACUCGACCACAUUCAUUUCCAUUACUUCUUCAAUUACCACCUCCACAACUUAAACAUGUCUUUCAAACAGCACCUGAAUUACGUGAUGGUCUUAUACGUCAUAUACGUUCUAUGUCAAUGGCACAACGUUCAUUAAUACCAUCAUCAAUGUUAACAGUUAUUGAAGAUAAUUCAGAAAAUGUUGCACCAGAAAUUCGUAUACAAACGAUACCAACAACGACGUCAUCUAUGGAACAAUAA